AUGGACGUCACUGCUGCACCAGCUACUGGUGCUGCGUCAAACCCCAAUGACCUUAUUCUGCCACCAAAGCAAGUGUCUGUUGAUCAAGCACCUUCUCCAAAGGAAGCCCUUCAACCGGAAGAAUCAAAGAGCUCAACCCACAGUAGCAGCAACAAUCAAAGGAGCAAUCACAGAGGACAAAACGGUCCUCAGGGUCAAUAUAACCCACAAAAGAAGCUGGUUGGCCCACCGCCACUGUUGCCACCCCCAAAUAUCCCAUUGGAUGAGAAGCACCAACCACAAGCAGGAGCGAACCAUAAUUUCAAUGGAGCACCAUACAAUGCGCCUCAAAAUUCAAAUCAAAGACAACCUUACCAAAACGGUGCUCCGCCAGCUGCAGCUCAAAGACAACAACAGACUCCAACGAGCAAUGGUUCACCAGUGAACUCAAAUUACCAGCAACCCCCAGCUUUAGCUAAGGACAAUACAAGUGUUAGACCAGUAGCCAGCGCAUCCAAUGAGAGCUCAGGUGGAAAAUCGACUGGCCGUUCAACCGUUGAAAAGCAAACUACUUCUGACACUACUGGAGAGACAUCUCAGCUUUCGGCAUAUAAGCAGGCCAAGAACGGUGGCCUCACUCCAAGCGAAGACUUUGACAUGAAAAACGUCAAGGGAAAACCACCUCCAAGAAAGCCAGUCGACCCCACCUUUAGAGGCUGGAAGGAAGUUGGUGGGUUUGAAGCUGAUGAUGCGUUGACAGCAGCUGAUGAGACUGUCGAUUUGCUAUCGAGGGGUUCUGUUUUUGACCAGUACUUGCCGGCUGUUGCCUAUGGUGAUUGGUACCACAACGCAGGUUUUUUGAUUGUGGGUGGUCUCUUGUCUUGGAUCAUUGGGUGGUUCAGAUUCUCCGUUGCCCCAUUGUUUUUCGUCAUGGUGGUGUUUGCAGUCUUGUACAGAGCAUCCGUGAAAAAGUAUAGGGGUGUGUUGAGAGAGCAAGCUCAAAGAGAGUUUUCAGUAAAGACGAUUGAGGACGAUUAUGAGACGAUGGACUGGUGCAAUUACUUUUUAGAGAAAUUUUGGUACUACUUGGAACCUUCAAUUUCGCAAAUUGUUUGUGAUCAAGCAAAUCCUAUUUUGGCAGGAUUGCCCAUUCCAUCUUUUGUGACUUCUGUUUGGCUUGAUAGUUUUACUUUGGGCACUAAACCACCCAGAAUUGACUGUGUGAAAACUUUAAUUGGAACAGCACCUGAUGUUGUUGUUAUGGACUGGGGAUUUUCAUUUACACCUAAUGCAAAUGUUGAUGCCAACAACAAGCAAUUGAAGAAUAAUGUAAAUGAGACAAUUGUUGUUAAAGCUACUGUAUUUGGUGUCACAAUUCCUGUUACUGUUGCAGAUGUAUCCUUCAAAGGGAUGGCCAGAAUCAGAUUAAGACUAAUGUCCUCAUUCCCUCAUGUUGAAACUGUCAAUGUGUCAAUGAUUGAACCACCCCAAUUCGAUUUCAAUACAAAACUUUUGGGAGAAGCCUCUUGGUGGUGGGAAGUCUUGGCAUUCCCAGGCUUAUAUCCUUUCAUCAACGAAAUGGUCAAAAAAUACGUUGGACCAAUUGUUUUCAACCCAAUGUCUUUCCAAUUGAAUGUUCAACAAUUAUUGGCUGGUAAUGCUUUAGACUCGGCUAUUGGUGUUUUGACGAUCCGUGUAGAUUCUGCCCGUGGUUUGAAAGGAUUCAAGUAUCUCGGAAACACUUUGGAUCCUUACUUGACCUUUGGUUUCUUGAACAAAGUUUUGGCUAAGACAAAGGUCAUUGACGAUACUAGUCAACCAGUUUGGAAUGAAACUUUGUAUGUUCCGGUAUCAUCGUUGUCGGAACCAUUGACUAUAUCUGUCAUUGAUUACAAUGACAUUAGAAAAGACAGACAGGUUGGUGCCGUUCAAUUCGACUUGGAGACAUUAGUGGAUAACCCACAUCAAGAGCAUCUUACUGCGGCGUUUUUGAGAAACAACAAACCAGUUGGUGAAUUACUCUUUGGUAUGACUUAUCAACCAGUCUUGCAAGCUGUGAAGCAAGCUGAUGGAGCUACUACUCCUCCGCCUGAUUUAAAUACUGGUGUUGCAAGGAUCGAAAUCCCAGAAGCAAGGAACUUGAAGGGGGGUGACAAGGGUGCAACCACCAGUGUUCAACUCAUUAUAGAUGGUAAAUCUGUCUUGGAAUCACCAGUUCAAAAGAACAACAACAAUCCUGCUUGGGGUGCAGUCACAGAGCAGAUUAUUUUCAAUCGUGCAAAGACCAAGGCAAAGCUUAUCCUCAAGGACAAGAACGGAAAGCCAGUUGGCCAGAUCGUCAAGAGUUUGAAUGAGUUGAUUGACGCGACACAGGUUGAACAAACAUGGUUUCCAUUGAGCAAAGGUGGUGAAGUUAGAAUUAGUACCAAUUGGAAGCCAGUUGAAUUGGAGGGCGCUGGAGGAGCUGGUGGCUACACACCACCUAUCGGAGUUGUUAGAGUUGCAAUUGACAAUGCUGAGGAUUUGCGCAACUUGGAACACAUUGGAAAGGUAGAUCCUUAUGCUAGAAUUUUGGUCAAUGGAUUCGAAAAGGCAAGAACAGCUGCCGUUGAAUCGAGUUUGGAUCCAACAUGGAACGAAAUUCAUUACGUCACUGUUUCCUCUCCUAACCAAAAAUUAACCAUUGAAGCUAUGGAUGUUGAGGCUCAUUCCCCUGAUCGUACUCUAGGUUCAUUUGACAUUCGGAUGAAUGAGUUUAUUCAAAAAGAUGAAAAAGGAUUGUACGUUGAGCACGUUGAUAAGAAGAAGAGAACGUCAAAGUUGGUGCUGAAAAAGGGUCCAAAAGGUUCCAUCACAUACACCAUUUCUUUCUAUCCAGCUUUGCCUGUUAUGACUUUACAAGAUUAUAAAGAGGAGGAAGAGGAAAAGAAGGAGGCUGAGAAAAAGAAGAAGGAGAGGGAAGAGGAAAAGAAAACCAACAAGAACCCUAGUGGAUUGGAGGAUGCAAAUCAAGAAAAGCAGGUCAGCCCUGAAGAAGAUAUUGAUGAUGAAGAAGUUGAUGAUGAUAACUUUGGUCAGAAGCUUAAAUUGUCCGUUAACCAAUUAAUUGAGUACAAGAGUGGUAUCUUGGUAUUUGAGAUUUUAGAGGGAAAUGUUUCAAAAAGUGAUACAUUUUUGCAAGUGUUUUCAGGUAAUCAUGGGUAUCCUGACUACAUCAGUAGGGAAUUGAAGAAAAACAAGUCUAAGCUCGAAAUGACUGGGGAUACUACUAUUACAGAGCUUGAUUGGGCUGAGACUUGCUUUAGGCUUGUUAAAGAUGAAGAUGAUAAUAGAUUGGACAAGUGUAUUGCUGAAGCAAAUAUCCCCACAUUGCAGUUGAUCAAGAAUGGUGUGGAUAACCCAAUGACGAUCGACUUGGAGGGCAAUGGACAUGCAUCGUUCAAGAUGCAAUUUUCUUGGAUUCCACUAAUUUACGCAUCAGGAGUACCACCGCAGGAUUCGAAAGAUAACUCUGGUAUUUUGUACGUUAAAGUCAAGAGUGCAGCUGGAAUACCAUCAUCCGAUAGCAAUGGUAAGUCUGAUCCUUAUAUGAAAGUCUAUCUCAACACGGAAAAGAGUGCAUUUACAAAGACUAAAACAGUCAAGAGGACCCUUGAUCCAACUUGGAACCACAAAGGUGAAGUUGAGGUUGCCAACUUGUACGACUCGACUUUGCGCUUUGACUUGUACGAUUGGGAUGCCGUGGACGCUGAUGACUACUUGGGUACUGGAUAUGUUGAGUUGGGAUCUUAUGACAUGAAAGAGGGUCCUGUAGAGGUGGAAAUUCCAUUACAAGGAGAGCAAGGAGAUCCUGCCGGUAUGGCGUAUGCUGAAUUAUCAUUCGAGCCAAAGUUUGUUUUGAACGUGAAACCAAAGAGUCAAUCUACUGUUGGAACAGUAGGAAAUGUUGGAGUGGGUGUAGGAAAAGGUGUAGGUAAAGGUGUUGGAGUGUUGGGUAAAGGAGUUGGAAAGGGUCUUGGUGGUGGCUUCAAGGGUAUAAGAAAGGGCUUACAUUUGGGCGGAGGCUCACUGGAGUAA